GACUUGCAUGUACACAUAGGUGGGCCUAGUGACAAGUUGGUAGGUAAAACGAAAGAGUAAUACUGCACCUUGAGAGGGAUAGGUAGGUACUCGUAAAAAAAAGCAAAUGAAGAGACGAUUGUCAUGCGAGGACGGAGACAACGGCGAAUACCGGUCAACCGGUUUGGCCGAUUAUCAACGUUGAGGAACUACGGCGCGAUCUGAAUGAUCUAAUCGGCGUGCACCGUCACCUAACCUAACCUAACCCGCGAGAGCGCCAAGGGCGGAAAGAGUUUCUCCAGUUAGCGUGAAAAAUGUGAUUUCUAGCGCCUUGCAACGCGCGCGAGUCUCGCGUUUACGCGAGAAAAGAUCGGAGAGGAAGGGAGCGCAGAUGAAAGAAAUGGAGAACUACUCCGUGCGUAUUAAUUAUCCGCAGACUGCCCGUGGGGACGUCGACGAAUCGCCGGCGACCCACGACGCCCAGCCGAAGCAGCACGCGGAUCACAUCAGGAAGAGGGAGGACGUGAUCGUCCUGACGAGCGACACGAAGGGCGGUCUGUUUAAUCCUCGAGCCCUCCUUUUUCUCAUCCUGUGGUACGUCUUCAGCGGAUGCACUCUGUUUCUAAACAAAUACAUACUGUCCUAUAUGGAGGGUGAUCCUACUAUUCUGGGUGCUUGUCAAAUGUUGAUGACCGCAAUAUGUGGAUUAAUACAAAUGUAUUUUCCCUGUGGUAUGUACAAAGCUAGCCCAAGAUUGAUGAGACCACCAGGUUUUUACAAGCACAUGACACUGGUAGGCUGUACAAGGUUUGCCACCGUAGUCUUAGGUCUAGUAUCAUUAAAUUAUGUAGCUGUAAGUUUCACAGAAACCAUAAAGAGUAGUGCACCUCUUUUCACCGUCCUCAUCAGCAGGUAUUUAUUAGGGGAACAUACAGGAUUAUAUGUAAAUCUAUCUUUAAUACCUGUAAUGGGUGGAUUGGCACUGUGUUCCAUCAAUGAAAUUAGUUUUGAUCUUAGAGGAUUCAUUGCUGCUAUGGCCACAAACGUAACUGAGUGCUUGCAGAAUGUUUACUCAAAGAUGUUGAUCAGUGGUGACAAUUUCAAAUAUACACCAGCAGAAUUACAAUUUUAUACCAGUCUGGCGUCAAUUGUGGUACAAAUACCGGUAUCAAUAUUGUUAGUUGAUCUACCUACUUUGGAGCAUUCCCUGAGUUUUAAAUUAUUCGCAGCAUUCCUUCUCAACGGAGUAUUCUUCCAUUUUCAAAGUAUUACCGCUUAUGUACUUAUGGACUAUAUCAGUCCUGUGACACAUAGUGUUGCUAAUACUGCAAAGAGAGCCUUCCUAAUAUGGCUUUCAGUUCUAUUGUUUAACAAUCCUGUGACGGGAUUAUCGGCGCUCGGCACUUCCUCGGUCAUAGUGGGAGUAUUGCUGUAUAAUCGGGCGCAGGAGUACGACAGGAUAAAUAGAACAAAGUUACGAUAUUCGUCGAAGAUCAAUUUGCAAUAGGACAAUUUUUUAAUCUAUGAAGAUUCAUAUGUGUAUGGGAGAGGAAACAUGCCACACUGCACCAAAAUUAUUGCAUUGGUAGAGUACAAACGAUACCCAGUUUUUAUACAACAGUAUUCUACGGAAGCAACGGAACGCAGAAAAGUAACAUAUUUGUAGGAUUAAGACAAAGUGUGCAAUCCAUGGAAAUUACAUUUGUUGAAUUUAGUGAUUGCCAGUGAACUUUUGUGACCUGUUACAAAUAAUUAGCUUUUCCUUGUUCGCAGUUUGUAAUAUAUAACAUUAUUACUGUAAAAUGUAAUUUUAUAUUGUUUCUGAAUUUUGAGAAUAGAUCUAUUUGCACGUUCAGAAAUGUCUGACAAGUAUAUGUAAAAAAAAAAAAGACGAGUGAUCACAUGUGUCAAAAAGUAUCUGAUAAUUGUAUUAUACAAGUGUUCCUAAUGUAAAUGUGAGAACUGUGGAAUGUAUAAAAGAGUUUUAUAAAAAUAAAAUUUCUUUAUAUACCUA